UCCAUAAAAAAUAAUGCGAAUAAAAUCUAUUAUAUUACAAACUGUGGAUGUAGCUUACUGCUGUAUGGUGUUGAGACCUCUGGAGACAGAUAAUGCAGCCCAAGCUAGCAAGCGUGGCCGCUCUUUCUCUGAUAGGGAGAUAGUCCCAUCUGCUUUAGACUUUGGCCCUGGCACCUAAAAUAGGCUAAUUUCCCCGUAACUAGAAGAAGAACAAAACGGGUUUCUUUAAGCUCAUUGGCCGCUGAGUGUGCGGAAAUUGGUGCUGCAUCCAGAGACAAGACAGCCCAAGGCAGCCCAGAGGCAGCGGGACAGAAGUGCACCAGCAGGCGGGAAUGGUGGUGCUGGGAGAUGAGCCGGAGGCUGAAGAGGGGAGGUGGGUGGGAAGCAAAGGGGAAUUGAUGGGGGAAGCAGCAUCUCACUGGCGUGGAGCAAUUGGGGGCCAGGUGCUUGUCUGGGGGAGAAGGGGAAUGGAAGGACCUGGGCAUGAAGUAUUGUAGAUAACACUUAGCCCUGCCUCAGUGCAGGGGGCUGGACCAUACGUCCAGUCGAGGUCCCUUCUGGGCCUACGUUGCUACAACCCUAUGGAUUUCCUCCUCUUCAGUUGCCCAGUGUAACUGGCUGAGGGCAGCAGACCAGUUCUUGUCCCCAGUGCUGUAAGGGUUAACGUGUCUAUAAGCCGACUCGCUCUCUUUUAGGAAUACAGCAAGGGCUCCCGGCACCCUGUGCCCUCCUCCAGCGAUGCUACGAGUGCUCUGGUUUCCUGUGCUCCUGGGGUGUGUCACUGCAGGAUCGGAGCCGAGUGACAAAUCAAACAUCCACUCCAGAGCGGGGCAGGACGUCACGCUCAGCUGCAGGUUCAAGCUGUCCUCAGACUUUGUGCUGAACAGACUCCGCAUCCACUGGCACGUCUUCCGAGACGAGGAGGGCUCUGUGGUGCACAGCUACUACGAUGGGGCCGACAGGCUGCAGGACCAGGAGGUGGAGUUCAAGGGUCGGACGAAGCUCUUUCUCCAAGAGCUCAGCAAGGGGGUGGCCUCCCUGAACCUCACCCAGGUGCGGCCGUCGGACAGCGGGGAAUACAGGUGCAUCAUCGUGAACAGCCAGGAUGUGGUCAUUGGGAGCAUCAUCCUCCAUGUGUCAGGUAAACGGACCGUGCGCUGCCCAGCGAGUGCAGCAAAACUAGAGGUGGGUUAGCUAGGUCUGCAGGGAGCUCCGGGCUCCAUUUGUGAGAGGAGCGUGACUCUGCAGAAAGAGCUACCGUCGCCCGUUCUCCAAGGCAGCGAGACUCCUGAGAACAAGCACGGCACCACUGACUGCUCCUCAGCAGCUGGUGGGGUGAGCUGCUCCGCUGUGCUGUCUGGGUGCAAUGCAAGCAGCAG